UAUUUGUUUAUUUUUGAUUAAAGAAAAGUAAAGAAAGUAAAAAAAGAAAGCCAUGCAAGUAGAGCACUGGGGAGCCAUGCCCGAGGACGAUGAAGACCCCGAAGACCAGUCCGACAAGCUAGUGCCCAUAUAUGCCAAAAAGCUCAUGCUGGAGGAGAUACGCCAGCGCGGUGAACUCGAGCCGGAGGAGAAUGAGCAUAUAGUGGAGCUCAACAGUUCCCUCGUCACGCAGACCAUCGAAGUGAUGAAACAAACGGAGGUGUUGCAGUCCCUCAUCGAAACUUACUCCAAUAAAAACGGUUCUUCCAAUUACCUGCUCAAUCCAUGUCAAAUGAUACCUGAGGUGGACUUUCCGCCAGAAAAUGCUGCCGACCUGGUGGGGGAGCAAAAGUUCCAGAAGCCCAUCUGGUUCAUCCCCACCGCGGACACAGCGUACUCGCGCGGCGAUCCCCAACACCAUCCACAGAUAUCGAUCAGCGCCUGUCGCCAGGCAUUGCGCAAGGUCAUGUGCGGCAUGCUGCGGCUGGCAGGCUUCACCGACUGCUCGGAGUCGGCCAUCCAGCUGCUGACCGAUGCCAGCGAGGAGUUCCUGCGCAGCUUCAUCUGCGAGUAUCGCGCCUGCUACGAUGUCGAUCCCAAGACACGAAAGUCGACGGUGCUGCAGCUGCUGCCGCUCGAGCGAGCGCACACAGCGCUGACGGGGACAUCGCUCACCCAAGUGCACAACUACUACAAGCACAAGGUGAUCACGAGGAAUCGCGUUGAGAUUGGGGAGUUCAACAGCGUGCUGCAGGACUACGACCAGCUGAUGAAGGAGAGCCAGAGCAGCAUGCAGCGCCAGCAGGAGUUCAACAGCAGCGACUUCCUCAACAUACUCGACAACAGCACGACGGGCAGCAACCAGAGCAUGGGCAACAUUGUCGGCGACAUGAUGCAGGACCUGGGCGGCGGCUCCAGCAGCGGCGGCCUCUCCACCAUGACCAUUGGCAACGUCUCCCAGCAGCAGAUGCUGUACGGCCUGCUCGACUGCCAAGUCUCUACCUCAUCCUCCAAUGUGCCCAGCUCCAGCAGCAUGGGCACGGGGAAUGCCAGCAAUGGCAACGGCAGCACCGGCAACGGCAGCAGCAGCAGUGCCGGCUUCCAAACCAACUUCGAUUCAUAGUUAACAAUCAAAAACAAUCUGAAUAACAACUUUUCUCACUUAUCUACUAAACAUUGAUCGUUCGC